CGCCAUUGCUAAUCGCCGUCGAGCUUCGAUGGCUGCUGCUUCAUGGCUAUAUGCUCUCUUAUAUGGGAAAAAGCUCCACUAAAGCUCUUCUCAGCUCUCACCGAAUCCAAUUCCGAUGAGUUCAUUUCCGGUCAUACCAGCGUAAUCGACUGGACCAAGAAAUGCGCCGGUAGGAGAGGAAGUACGAUUCGCCUUGUACUAGGUCUUCGCCCUUCCCUCGUCUGAUUGAUUUCUUCAAUUUAUCAUCCCCUCGCCCACACGCCUCUAUAGGUUUCUCUAAUAUUACUUCUGAUGGUAGUGGUGAAUAGGUGUUAAAUCUGAAUGCGAUAAUGGUGAUGUUGGUGAAUGGUGAUGAAACUGGGAUUCCAUUGUGUUGAUUCCCGAAGAGGCAGAGAGAGAGUGCAGAGUGAUUGAUGAAUGGUUUGCGUUAUAUAGAAAGCUGUUGUUGGUGAAAUGAAGGUUUAUCGCACGAAUCUGAUUGUAAAGGCUUAAGAACACGGCUUGGGCUGCAGAGAAACCAUUGAGACGACUGAUUGAAGAGAUGGGUGCUAAAGGUGUAUUGACGAUGGAAACAUGAUGCUGGGGAAGAGAUGAAGAAAGCUGUUGGUAUCUUUGUGUACGAAGCUUGAUUGUUUGCUAGAGAGAGUCGGCUAAGCUUGGAACAGAGGCUCAGGUUCCGUUUGAUAUCCUGAAAGGACCUACUUGGAUGAUUUACGGGUUAUAAGAAUGGAAGCUGGGAUUAGAAUCUUUCAGAGCUUCUGGUGAAGCUUGCGAGAUCACAUUUUGAUCUCAAACACCUUCAACAAUCCUCUGCUUCGGAGGCUCAGCUGAUUCCCACACACAUAUAAAGGAGAAAGUUCUUCACAAUCCCAAAAGCUUCAAAGUUUCUGUGCUAAAGCCACAUUAUGACCUUCUCAAAACAAAUCCCUCUCCUUCUCCUCAUCAUCUUCUUCUUCCCUCUCCUACACGCCUCAAACCCAAAACCUUGUUACACUUCUUCUUGUGGAAGCGGGAACGUACACGUCCGUUUCCCUUUCUGGCUAUUCCCCAAGCAACCCGAGUCCUGUGGCCACACAGGAUUCAACCUCUUUUGCACCGAUCGCCAACAGACAGCCUUAGAGCUGCCUAAAUCCGGACCAUUUCUCGUCCGAGAGAUCGAUUAUGGAACGCAGCGAAUCCGCCUUAACGACCAGAAUAACUGCUUGGCCAGACGCCUCCUCAGCUUUGACGCUUCGGGGUCUCCUUUUUCUCUGUUUCUUCCUCGUAACUACACGUUUUUGAUCUGUCCCAAGGACGAGAAUGUCGCAUCAUCUUUCAGAUCCAUCCGUUGCCUUGGUAACUCGACUUCCUCCUUCUUUGUCACGGAGUCGGCGCAGGUCGGUUUAAUGCCGUCACCUUGUCGGAUCUUUAAGACAUUGCGUCUUCCGUUUUCAUUCCCCGGUGACCUGAACUAUGAAGACGUGUGGCUCAAAUGGGACUCGCCGGAUUGCAGCGAUUGUGAGAGGAGGACUAAUUCGAGAUGUGGAUUUAUAAACAGUACCACUCUCCAAGCCCAUUGCUUCAGUUCUGUAAACUCCGGACUUCACAACACAAGCUUACAAGUUCUAAAGAUAAUCUGCCUCUCUCUAAUGGGACCACUCAUCGCCUUGACCUUCUGUGUGGGUCUUGUCAUGUGCAGUUCCGAGAGAGUCUCUUCCCAGAUACAACACGCCAUGGCUGCACGGAUUUCCGGAUCCGUAACACCGCAGCCAAGCGACCAAGUGAUCACGGGGUCGGGUCUCGAUGAGUCUACGAUUGAGUCAUACAAGAAAGUUGAGUUAGGGGAGAGUAGGAGACUCCCGACCGGGUCAAAUGAUGUUGUGUGCUCCAUUUGUUUGUCGGAAUACGCUACCAAAGAGACGGUUAGGUGCUUACCCGAGUGAAUAGUCAAAGCCUUAAACUCUAUACCCUGCUUCAUUGUAUCAGACACACAGUUUUCUGCUUCAGAGAUGGCUGACUUCUCUUACAAGAAAAUCUCUCCAAAGCUGGGCGGAGAAAGAGGAGCUCGAAACCCCAAUGGCCCAACUUCUUCACAUGACCUCGUCGAGCAGAUGGAGUUUCUUUACGUUGAAGUAAUCAAAGCCAUCAACAACUCUGCCCAGAACACUAUAGCCCACAGAUGUAUCCCCGUCGUCGAAAUCACUCUUGGGAACUACAAAUCCUCAACCAAGAAUCUACCAAUAGACCCAAAAGGGGAGUGGAACCAAGUCUUUGCUUUCGACAAAUCCAAAGGCGAUGUCUUGUCAGUUACUAUGAAAGACGGUCAUACGGAGAGCAAUACCGUAAUUGGCAAGCAAAAUUUCAAGCUGGUGUUGGAUAUCCCGAGUAGGGUUCCUCCCGAUGCAAGAAUCGCUCCGCAGUGGUACUCUAUGCAGAAUACCGAAACCGGUUAUCACAUGGCAUUGCUGAUGUCGAUCUGGUUCGGUACACAAGCCGAUGAGGUUUAUUCAAACGCUUGGUUUUCGGACGCGUGUGAUGUGAGUGCUAGUUGCGUGACCAACACGCGGCCUAAGCUCUACCUAGCUCCAAGGCUCUGUUACGUUAGAGUUACAAUUGUUUCAGGUCACGACUUGAUUUCUUCCGAUAAGAAACAGCAGAAUCCUUCGGUUUACGUGAAGGCGACUCUGGGUCGAGUCGCUCUAAAGACCGUGACCAAGUCUGGUUUGAACCCGUCGUGGAAUCAAGAUCUCAUAUUUGUUGCAUCGGAGCCGCUAGAAGGAACGGUCUACAUAAGCCUAAUCGAGAAAUCGGAUGAAAACCACGAAGAAUGCAUAGGGAAACUAAAAAAGAAGCUCUCAGAGAUGAACGCGAUGAAAGUUCCCGGAUUAGCACCGGUUCAGUUCUACGACAUUGAGCCGCCGGGUGAUAUCCAACCGGCAGGCGAUACGAGGCGGUUCGCUAGCAGAAUCAAGAUGAAACUAGCGACUGAUCAAGCUUACCACGUCUUUGAUGAAUGUAGCCAAUACUGCAGCGACUAUCGAGCUUUUGCGAAAGGGUUGUGGACCGGCGUGCUCGGGAAACUAGAGGUGGGGAUCUUGGGCGCGACGGGAUUAACGCCGGUGAAAGACUCGGCAUAUCAAAGGAACGCAUACGUGGUGGCCAAGUAUGGGAACAAAUGGGCAAGGACUCGAACCGUGGUGGAUAACAAGUCGCCCAAGUGGAACGAACAGUAUUCUUGGGAUGUUUACGAAAAGUGUACGGUGCUAACGCUUGGAGUGUACGACAACCAACAAAUCGUUACAAACUAUGGUGAGGGGAAUGAUGGUCCGAUUGGGAAAGUGAGGAUCCCGUUGGGUCAGCUGAAAUGGAACAUGAUCUACGCUGGUUCGUGGCCGAUAAUGGAACUGGGGAAAGAAGGAUUGAAGAAGAAGGGUGAGCUUCAGCUGGCGGUUCGCUGCGCGAGCGUUCCGAAAUCUUACGCGGUUGAAACAUCAGUUUUCCGUUGGAUGCUACCGAAAACUCAUUACAAAUUUCCAAUGUCGCUGAUUCAGAAGGAGGAACUGCGAGCACAGGCGGUGGAGGUGAACUGUAUGAACCUGGCGAGAACAGAGCCGCCGCUGAGAAACGAGGUGGUGAGGGAUAUGCUGAAGCCCAAGAGUAACAGCUUCAGUUGGAGAAGAGCCAAAGCUAAUCAGGAGAGGCUCUGGAAAUCCUUGGCGCGGUUGUUCGGCUGGUAUGCUUGGCUUGAUGCAAACGUCAGAUCCACGACAGCUUUUCGUCCGAAACUUGUUGCGUUUGCUCUCGGUUCUGUCUUGAUUUUUCUCACUUGGUGGGUGUUAUUUGUGGCUUACUAUUUCGCCGCACCCCUUUGGAUUUUGUGGAAAAUAUUUUUGGCAAUACCCAAGCUCUGGACCCAAGGAUGUCACUGGCUCACGAAUAGGAUCGACACACCUCCUCCUUUGGUUCUCGUCGAUUUGAAGCUCUCGAAACUCGACCCGCCCAGCGUAGAAGAGCUAGACGAAGAGUUUGACCUGCAUCCGUCGUCGGUUGAUCCGGCUGUUAGGAUGACGAGGUACGAGAAGUUGAGGAAGACGGCGGCGCACGUGGUGUCACUUAUGGGAGAUGCUGCGUCACAAUGUGAAAGGCUUUACUCGCUCUGGAAGCUUUGUGUCGGCAAUGAACUCGUUAAUGUUUCGCUCCUAGGGGCCGGUUAUGUGUUCCUGUGCGCCGUUUACACUUUUUGGGAUUACGUAAACCUUUUGCCAAAGGUUUUUGUUUUGGGUUGUUGGUUCUUUUGGAUUAAUUUCCCCUGCUGUCGCAACGAUUUGCCCAGUAAUAUCAUGAACUUCUUCAGAAGAUUGCCAAGCAACGAAGAUCUCAUGAUCUGAGUUAUCAGUUUGUAGCGACGGGUUUUGACUUCUUUUUCAUAUACUAUGUAUUGGUGAAGAACGACUUUGCUUCAGGGUUCUUGUUUAUUGAAAGGUAUAAAAAUCUGAUCAUUGCAAAUCAGAAAUUGUAGCAAUGCCUUUUCCUAAUGGGUUGUGUUAAAAAAAAAUAUUCAAAGUAAAAUCUCUCACGGUGAAUGUUGAGAGAGAGUAUUGUCCUUGUCCUGUAAAAGGUAUAACUGCAG